AUGACCCUGCCGUGCUCCGCAGCCUCAGCUCCCCAACGGGACGGGGGACACACAACCCAGGGGUCGGGGAGGCGCGAGGGGGCCGAGUGCCGAGGAGCUCCCCUCGGGGCAGGCCACCCUGAGCCAGGGCUGCCUCCGCCUCCCCUAGCCGGCCCGGGGAGAUCGGGGCCGAGGCCUAGCCCGGACAGGGUAAAGCGGCCCCUGGCUCAACCGCCGCCCUCCGGCGAGGCCGGGCCCUCAGCCCACCUCCACCUCCCCGGCCCCGAGCCCGGGCCUCGCCGCCCGGGGCCCAGCGCGGAGGCCCCGCGCCGCGCUCGCGGCCGGCCCAGUGACUUCCGCCGAGGCCCCCGCGCCUCGUGCGCGCGGCGGCCGCACCCCCGCCGGGCCCCGAGGAGGCCCGAGCCCCCGGCCGGCGCAUCCACGCGGCCCCGCGCGCCCGGCCUCCCGCACCGGCCGGCGGCGCGCCCACGUGACACGGCCGUUCGCCGGCGCCCCCGGCCCGCGCCCCCCCACCCCGGCGGCCGGAGCUCCGCGGGCGGCCCGGGGGCGGCCGGCGCCUUUGUGGGCGGGAGAGACGGCGGCGGCCCCCGGCCGCCCCCCGCCCGGCCCCGAGCCGGGUCCCGCGCGGCCCGGGCCCCGCGGCGCGGCCGUACCUGGCUGGGCGCGGCGGCGGGCGGCGGCGGGGCGAUAGGGCGAGGGGCCGGCGCCGGCGGCGCAAGCGCGGUCGUUGACCCUGGCCGAGGGCGCCCCUCGUGGGGUUACUGCCGGUCAAGCCCCGGGUUCCGCUGGCCGGCCGCCCGGGGCGCCCCCCGGCGCCCCCAGCCCCUGCCGUCCCCCGCGGCCGCCGGGACACCGGAACGCGGGCGGCGCCGGGGCCGAUGGCGGGCGCGGCUCGCGGUCCGGGACCCCCGCCCGCGCGAUGGAAACAAAGGAGCCGCUGCUCGCCUCCCGGAGCCGCGGCGGGCUUCCGGCCUUCCCCGCCAUUCCGCCGGGAGGCGGGCCAGCCAGGCCCUCCGACGACCGGGAGGCCCGGCCUCCGCGUGGGCCCCGAGACCCCGACCUCCGCGUGGGCCCCGAGACCCCGACCUCCCGCCUGGGCCCCGAGACCCCGGCCUCCGCGUGGGCCCCGAGACCCCGACCUCCCGCCUGGGCCCCGAGACCCCGGCCUCCCGCCUGGGCCCCGAGACCCCGGCCUCCCGCCUGGGCCCCGAGACCCCGACCUCCCGCCUGGGCCCCGAGACCCCGGCCUCCCGCCUGGGCCCCGAGACCCCGACCUCCCGCCUGGGCCCCGAGACCCCGACCUCCCGCCUGGGCCCCGGCCUCCGCGUGGGCCCCGAGACCCCGACCUCCCGCCUGGGCCCCGAGACCCCGACCUCCCGCCUGGGCCCCAUGACCCCGACCUCCCGCCUGGGCCCCGGCCUCCGCGUGGGCCCCGAGACCCCGACCUCCCGCCUGGGCCCCGAGACCCCGACCUCCCGCCUGGGCCCCGAGACCCCGGCCUCCCGCCUGGGCCCCGAGACCCCGACCUCCCGCCUGGGCCCCGAGACCCCGACCUCCCGCCUGGGCCCCGGCCUCCGCGUGGGCCCCGAGACCCCGACCUCCCGCCUGGGCCCCAAGACCCCGACCUCCCGCCUGGGCCCCAUGACCCCGACCUCCCGCCUGGGCCCCGACCUCCGCGUGGGCCCCGAGACCCCGACCUCCCGCCUGGGCCCCGAGACCCCGGCCUCGGCCCGGCCUCCCGCCUGGGCCCCGAGACCCCGACCUCCCGCCUGGGCCCCGGCCUCCACGUGGGCCCCGAGACCCCGACCUCCCGCCUGGGCCCCGAGACCCCGGCCUCCCGCCUGGGCCCCGAGACCCCGACCUCCCGCCUGGGCCCCGAGACCCCGGCCUCCCGCCUGGGCCCCGAGACCCCGGCCCGGCCUCCGCCUGGGCCCUGCCACUCCGGCCAGUCCCCACUCCACCCAAGUGCACACUGAGGCCCGGAAGGUUCCACAGGAAGCUGUACUGUGA